CAAUGUGUUUGCUUGAAAUUUUACACAGGAAGAAGCUUGGUUUUCAGCACAGAUCUGGCUGCUGUAGAGAUCAUUUCUAUUGGUUUAAGGGAAAUGCAAACAGACCUAUAUAAGUAUGUCCCUCACCACGGCAUGCUCUCUAGCUUCUGAGGCAGCAGUGAGAAUGCGGACAGUUUGGUGCAUGGUCUUGUACUUCUUUGGAGCUAGAGCUAAGAUAACCCAACCCUCAAGUCUGGUGCUGGAAGAAGAUGAGAAUGCUACUCUGAGAUGCAGUCAAAAUGAUAAUCACAAUUAUAUGUAUUGGUAUCUUCAGCAGCCAGGGAAGGGUCUGCAAUUAAUCUAUUAUUCAUUUGGAGAAAAUCAGGAUUAUAAGGGUGAUGUUCACACUGGAUACAAGGCUAAGCGGUUAAACAAAGAGGAUUUUCCUUUAGAUAUCGUGUCUGUAAAGAAGAACCACUCAGCUGUCUAUUUCUGUGCCUCCAGUUUGGACACAACACUUCAAAGUCACUUGCUUUCUGUACAUAAACUCCUCCUCUCCAGUACCCUCCCUCAGAAGGGAGUAGCUCUCAGCACAGGAUGCUGGAAUGUAGGCCAGCUGGAUCUUCAUAGGGCAAAGGUUGCUGAGGAGCUGGACCAAGAGAGGCCAAGCAGGUUCCAUUUAAUUGCUGAAUUCCUCUUUUCUAAUCAGCUCUUGAUCCGCUGUCACUUCACAACAAUCCUGAAACUUGUUAUUCAAAUCCAGACAUACAAUGGUACUCACUGAGCCUGGACAGGCUGUCUUGAUCUCAAGAACUGGUAUAGUAGUAUGCAACCUGAAGUAAAAUGGUAUUCCAGUAAAGUAUAGAUAUUUUUUUAUUCUGAGGUUGCUUACAUAGUCCAGCUUUCUUCUGAAUGAAGCAUCAGUUUUACAUGUGCUGCAUCUGUUCCUUUUUGCUUCAUAGCUAUGUCAUUGCUACAGCCUGGUAUGGUGUAAGACAAUCAGUGUCCAUUCAGUUUGCCCCUUUUUCAAUGGUUUGUGGGCUGUUUUGGUCCAGUUUUGUGACUUGUGUGGUGGAAGGAUUUCGUAAAAUCCACACCUCUGGAAAAGCGAAACAGGGGACCCCAAAAUAAUUAAAAACAGUGGCAACGAUCUUAGGAGAAACAAAUUAAUAUACUGAAUAUGGUAUCGGAAUGCAAGAUAGCACACUAUAAUACAAUAUAGUUAGAAUUGAAGCUAAUAAAUCAUAUAUAAUGAGCAUGAGACUGUCCAAAAAGCAGAAGGCCUUACACUGAUACUGAAGCGAUGCACGCAGUCGGGACAGGCAGCAGCGAGGAGAAGUGAAGGAGAAGAGUGCCAAGAUGAAAAGCCCGAUCAGGUGACCUUGCCAGGAGUUAUAUCUUAUCUCC